AUUUCUAUGCUCUUCUUUACCAUCACUGAUUUUUAAUUGCCUUACAAAAGUUUCAGUUUCACAAAAAUACUUUAGAAAGUGCUUUAGAAAAAAAGAGAGACAUGCUAGUGAUAAAUGUUUAAAAUGUCACACAUGCACUUGAACUGUACUGGGGACAGAAGAAAUGACUUCCUGCUAGAAGUAAUGUUGUUUUUGUCAUUUGAGCGGAGUGAACCUUUAAUUGUUGACGUUGCCUGUAAGACCAAACUGAGGGUAAGCUUUUGUUUUGGUACCGAUGGGAUGGAUGACAUUGCGGAAGGGCUAUUCCUGUAUCCAGACCCCUCCCCUUCACAACGACACACCGGGAGUCAGGAAAAGCUUGUUCAUCAACAAGACCGGAGUCAACAGGCGGAUCAGACAGUACCCGAGGUCUGAGGAGAUCCUUCCGCAGACAUGGCCCAGGCGAACAUCUCGGUGACGGAGAGCCAGUUCAGGUGUCCCGUGUGCCUGGACAUCCUCAAAGACCCGGUGUCCACCCCCUGCGGACACACCUACUGCAUGGCGUGCAUCAACAACUACUGGGACCAGGCUGAAUCGGGCCAGUUCAGCUGCCCUCAGUGCCGGGAGACGUUCAGCCCUCGGCCGGUGCUCCGGAGGAACACGGUGCUCGCUGAGGUCGUCGACAAGCUCAAGCUGAGCGAAAUGGUCACAGCGCCGGAGCUUUAUCUCGGGGGAGUCGGGGACGUGCCGUGCGACUUCUGCCCGGCGGAGAGCAAGCUGAGGGCUGUCAAGUCGUGCCUGGUUUGCUUGGCGUCCUUCUGCGAGCUCCACGUCCUGCCGCACCGGGAGGUUGGGACGCUACGGCGGCACAAGCUGGUGGCCGCGGUGGAGUCACUGGCGGAGCGGCUGUGCGCGCAGCACCGCCUGGGUCUAGAGCCCGCGGGGGGCGGCUCUGAAGCGGAGGCCGCGGUGGAGUGGAGCGGGGACUGCCUGCUGUGCGAGGCGGACCAGGAGGAAGCGCACAAUGUGGACGCACAGAGAGCCAGGAGACAGCUGCAGCUCCAGGAGUGUCAGAGGAUGAUUCAGGAGAGGACACGGAGUGGAGAGAGAGAGUUGGAAGAGUUUCAACAAGGCUUGGAGUCCCUCAAGGUGUCAGCGUCGGCUGUUCUGGAGGACAGUGAAGCUCUGUUUGCGGACAUGGCACUACGCCUGGAGAAAACCAAGGCAGAGGUUCGAGCCAGGUUGGAGGCAAAGGAGCGAGCAGUGGUUGGAAGGGCUGAACGAGACAUAGAGAUGCUGGAGAAAGACCUGGAGGAGCUGAGGAGGAGAGAUGAGGAGAUUUGUCAGCUUCUGCAAACUGAGGAUAAUGCCCAUUUCCUACAGGCGGCUCCUCUGCUAUGCGUCCCUCUCGCCACCAGUCGGCACUCCAGAGCCCUCAACCUGCCCACAGAGGCCUUUAGCAGUGCCAGGAGAGUUCUGUGCCACCUCCGCAGCCACAUGGAGGAGGUCUGCCGGGAGGAGGUGGACAAGAUCAGUCGUGCAGUUAAUGAAAACUACGUGUCAGGUGGAGAGUGUGUAAAAGGUGGCAGAAAUCUCAGUGCAGAGAACUCCAAACCGCAGCAAACACAGCCAACACUAUCUGCAGGGCAACACGGGGCAGCGCCGGUGUCGUUCCCUCUGUCCUCUUUGUCUCUGCAGCCAGCUGAUCAAAGGAUGAGGGCAGUUUUCCUCAGGUUUUCAUGUCGUCUGUCGUUGGACCCCGAUACAGCUCACCCUACUUUGGUUCUCCUUGAGGGCCCCCAAGGUGCCCACUGUGGCGAGGAGCCCCAAUCCUACGCCCCUCAUCCUCAGCGCUUUGAUUCAGUGGCACAAGUCCUGUGCAGGGAAGGCCAGUUUGGUGGUGCCAGCUACUGGGAGGUGGAGUGGAGGGGCGGGGGAUGGGUGGACAUCGGUGUCACGUACCGAGGCAUCGGACGCAAAGGCGGCGGAAAACCCUGCCUGCUGGGGCGCAACGAGAACUCUUGGCGGCUGAGGUGCACACAUGCUGGGUAUGCCGCCUGGCAUGACAACCGCAAGACCACAGUCGCGGCACCACCCUGUCCCAGAAUUGGCGUGUUCCUGGAGCGCCAGAAAGGAACGUUGUCCUUCUACAGUGUGUCGGACACAGUUGUGCUCCUGCACACCUUUCGUUGCCCAUUCUCUCAGCCACUGUACCCAGCCUUCCGCCUGGACCUGGACUCCACCCUGCUCAUCUGCCCUCAUGAGGGAGGCAAUGGAAAUCCAACCUAACCAUGCCUCCAUCCUCACGCAAGACUCUUAUUUAAAUACUGCAGGAAAGGGCUAUUCACUCUGCUUAUGAAUAUGAACACUAAAAAAUGAUAAGGUUGCUGGUGUAGAAGCAACAACAUCAGGAAGAAGCAUCACAGUCAGGAAUCAAACAACUUUUUUUUCCCCCAUACUGUUUCUGUAGUCUCUCUUCUUCGAGUGUCUCUUUUGACAAAAACAGAUUUGUCAUUAUUAUUUUUCAGAAAAUCUCUUACCCUGUUGAAACACUGUCAGGUUGAGCGAUAACAGUGUAUAUGCAUUUUUCACAGUAUGACUUGUCAGAGCAGGAAGAGCACCAGUGUCCCAGUUGAGCCGGCAGGCAAAAUAUCACAAUGCUGAAACUAAAACAGCUAAAUGGAAUUAUUUUAUUGUUUUCACCUUUGCUUUACCUUUUGUAAUAUGUCAAAAUGUCUACUGUGAAAAAAGGCGUAUUCGAAACAGACUUUUCUCUCUUCUUUUCUUUUUUCUUUUAUUUGCUAAUCAACAAGAAAGGUACGAUUGGGAAAAUAUUUUUGUCAGAAUCAACAGCAUACAUAGAUAUUGAAAAGUAUAGUACAAGUAAGUUUUGUUUAACAUUGUUUUCUUUGUACUAAAAAUGAUUUGUAAGUAUAUUUAUGGGAAAUUUUAUACAUUGUUCAGAAGUAUCAGACGGUGGAUUUUUUUUUUGUUUGUUUGUUUGUUUGUUUUUUUCUCUCUACAGUGAGAGGCUGAAUAUUUAUUAGUACCUGCAACUACUUGAAUAACCACAGCAAGAGAACUUCACUGCCAUGUGACAUGGAAAACCACAUUCAGUUUUUCAGUCAAAGUGACCUCAGCUUCAGAUUUAGGCAAGUUGCAGACCAAUUUUUAUUUAUUUUUUUAUUUUUUUGGGGGGGGGGGUCAUCUGUCGUGUUUUUGUGUGUACCACAUUGCAGAUCUGUCUUUGAAGUUGAGACUAUAAAUUAAAGGUUUGCCAGCAGCCGGUUAGCUUAGCUUAGCUUAUCACAAAGACACUGGAAACUGGAAACCAGCUCUGUUCAAUGAUAACAAAAUCUGGCCACUGCUUCCAGUCUGUGCUAAACUAACCAGCUACUGAUGAUCAUAUUUAAUGUUCUAAUAUACGAGUUGGCAAGGAAGCGAAGUAUAAUUACGAAAUGUGGAGCUACUCCUUUAAGUCUACAUUCACAUCACAGGUCUUUAUUCUUAAUUUCACAUUUCUGUCAAUGUGAUUUUUGUUCCCAUAUAAUAUCUGUGUCAGUAUGUAACUAAUAAUCAGUUAUAAUAUAUAUGAUUACAUACAUUAAAGUGAUGUUUUAAAAAGGCACAUGUAUACUUCCAUAGCUAUAUGGAAUAGCCACACAUCCCAACAAUAACUCGGUGAUCUAUGGUGAAUGAUUUAAAAUAUACUUGCUGUCAUUGUAACACUGGUAAUUAUGUUUAUCAGAGGCAUGUGCUUUGCAUGCUUCAAAAUCCAAUCCUGUUAUUAUCUCAUACCCUAUCGUAUUUAAUCAAGCUUGAUUAUUACCUCAUAUCCAUUCAGUCAAGGUCAGAUUUGAAAAAAUGUGAUUUGCUGCAACGUUAAAUUCUUGACAUGGUUAAGAGAAUAUCAGAUAGGUAUUGAGAUCAUAGGAAACAUAUCAGAGCAAGAACUUGAAAGGUUUAACUAAGUCUGCCACUGUUCCUCCUGACUCCCGUUUCCUUCUAAAAGCAGUUUGAUCGUAGCAUUACAAAGGGAAAAGGAUCUACUUGCAACGCUAAUUGUAAUUAAAGUGACCUCUCCUUCCAUUUGAAUGGAUGCCAUACUGUAGCCACAAUGUUGUUCUACGCCUCAUUGAAGUUUUGUUUUUGAAUGGUGCUACUCCAGAGCAUCGUGAGCACUUGACCGAGCACUGUGUGAGGCCUUUAAACCAAACUAUUUGUGAAAUGGAAAUGCCAGACAUGGAUAAACUAUUUUAAUUCCAAAGACACAACAACAUCACAAAUGUACAUAGAAUUGAAUUAUGAAGUGUGUUUGCGAUUCAAACAUUUCAAAAUGUUCAAAACUAGUCUAAAGAAAUGAGAGCUUCAUUAAAAUAGUAACAGAACACUAUUAUACAUAUUACUAACAGAAAACCUAAAAGGUAUUAUAUCUAUGCUACACAAUACCUUGGAAGUUACAAUUCCACACAAGCAUUUAUGGAUAAUUAUAUUUUCUGAAUUUGCCAAUGUGAUUUUAUCAAUCCCGAAUUUUAUCAAUCCCUGUUUUUUGUUUGUUUUUUUGCCAUGAAGUGCAUUAUUCCACAAGCUGUAGGACUGUAACAUGAACUAAACUGUCCAUGCUGGUCUGUGAAAUCUUGUCUUGUAGCAUUUUCUCCACCUGUUUACUCAUUGUACUUUUUUGCCGUUUGCUGUUCCUUAAUGUGAUUGUGAAAUAUGGUGGUAAUUGUCUGAGUGUUUCUUUUUCCAAGAUGAGUUAAUUCCACAUUGGCUCACAAUAAACUGAUCCAUACAG